AGGCGCUUGAAAACGCCCGCGGGACGAGUGGAACCACAGAACGAAACGCGAGGUCGCCAGCGAUCGCAAGACAAAGGUGCCAAGGGGAGCGGUGUCCGGGUAGAGCGCCGAGCCGUCAUCGAAUUAUUGGUUUACGAACAGAUAUUCAGGUGGACUGAAAAUGAUCAUCCCCAUUCUGGACCCAUCGGAGCUCUACCGACCAGAGCACAAGAAAAUGGAAGAUUUUAGGUCGUACACAACCAACGAGGAUGACCCACUGCAAGCCAGGGUGGCCAAAACCUACAAGGACAUGCACACUUUCCAGACAGUGGAGUUCGUCCGAAACCGGAUGGCUGAGUGGGGCAAGUUCGACAAGGCGCGCAUGCCCAUCAUGGAGGCCUUGGAAAAGCUCAAUGACCUGGUGGACGAGAGCGACCCCGACGUGAACAUUCCCAACAUUGUGCACGCCUUCCAGACUGCCGAGAAGAUCCGUGCUGCGCACCCGAAUCAGGAUUGGUUCCACCUGACGGGCCUCAUUCACGACUUGGGAAAGGUGAUGGCGUUCUAUGGCGAACCUCAGUGGGCCGUUGUGGGUGACACAUUCCCGGUAGGCUGCGCCUACCAGGAUUCCAUCGUCUACCGAGACACGAGCUUUGUUGACAACCCGGACCUUAAAGACAACCGCUACAACAGCCGCCUCGGCAUCUACACCCUACACUGCGGACUCGAACAGGUUCUCAUGUCCUGGGGCCACGACGAGUAUUUGUACCAGGUUCUCAAGAACCACGGGGCGACACUCCCUGAUGAAGCCUUGUACAUGAUACGGUUCCACUCUUUCUACCCUUGGCAUUCGGGAGGCGACUACUUGGAACUUUGCAACGACAAGGACCUCCGCAUGUUGCCCUGGGUGAAGGAGUUCAAUAAAUUUGACCUCUACUCAAAAUGCGAGGAUGUUCCGGACCUUGAGGCGCUGACGCCUUACUACCAGUCUCUGAUUGACAAGUACGUUCCGGGCGUUGUCUGCUGGUGAUGCCAGGAGUUGCGGGAGACACGCCCGCUGCUGCGGGUGCUUUAAAUGUUGGGCCUAUUUACCGCCGUCUUAGCAGUGGGCUCGCCGGACAGGAAGCACGCUUGGAGAAUUCAUCUGCUUGGCGGCGGCUGUCGCCAUAAACUUUAUUGUCACCGCUGUUACUACUGCGAACACUAACUGUCGACACUAACUGUUGUGACAGAUUUUAGCGCUGCUUUUACCCUUCGUGAGUUGUAUGUCGAUCUCAUGUCCGCGACGUCGCUAUAUCUAUGUUAUUUCACUCUUGCCCUUAGCAAGGCUCAGGGUACGUGCACAUGUGUUCGGAGACGGCGCUCUUCUUUUUCAGGGUUGCCAGUGAAUGUGCCAGGGAAUACAUGAAAUGUUGACGCUUGUUUCACCUUGUGCGUGAAACUUAAGAGCGAAAUGAAGGCGCCGUGCAGUUUUCGUUGUAGAAAGCCACGCGUAGCGCUGCGUAUUUGAAGAAAAAAAAAUAAAGUGGUUGCUUUGAGGCGCAGAAGUCCUUUUCGGCGCAAUGCGGUGGGUCGGGAAGUGUAACGCGAAUGAUUUGUGAAAAGUAGUGACGAACGUGUUUGUGCAGACCGAAGAGACAAUUUCAUUUUUAUGACCAUCA